CAAAUUUGUUACACCUCAUUUGCGCUUGUACUCGCCCUCAUUCGCCUGGAGUCAGAGUCAUUUAAGUUUGGUGCUCCUCUCUUUACAGUUUCAAAGGAAAAGUGGUGUUUUACGUGUUAAAUACUUGGUGCACAUUUUUUCCCGCUCUUUCUUGUCUUUGGUGUAUUUUCUCAUUUGCUCAUUUGCUCACUUUAACAUCAUUUUAUAGACUGGGGGGGGGGGGGGGUUUCCCUUUUAAAUUUUCAUAUCCUUUUCUUUCGGGAAUGCUUGAGAAGGGACUUGCAGCAUAUUCCAUUGCGCCUGCUAUCCGGAUUAGUAUUGCAGCAUUGCUCAUUUUGGGAGUUACACCCCGGGAUAUCAGCAUUUUCACGCAAAGCAUGGUCUUCUUCCCUCUCGUCCCUCGUUCACAUUGCUCCUUCUUUUGUCUAAAAAGCCUUUCAUUUUUAUUUCAUUCUUAUAUUCUUAUUUUUUCUUUUUCCUUUUUUUUCUCUUGCGUUGGACUAUACUUGCCGUCAUUUCUUUCAAGGAUUAGAUUUAUGAAUCUGGAUCAGGGUUGGAGCAGGAACUGGGGUCGGAGCAGGAGCUGGAGCUGGAACAGUAUUGACAUUUCAGGACAAGGGUUUAGAUUCUCACUAUACCUGGCGUUUUUCUGGUGGCAAAAGAAAAUAUAAAAGACUUUUUUUGUUUUUUCCUUGAGGGAAUUUGGAUGCUAGAUGGAUUUAGUAUAAGUUUACUCUGUACUCUAUACUAC